AUGCGUUUCUCAUCUGCGGUGCUUCUUGCACCCUUAUUUCUCGCUGUACUAGCAAGCGCCCGCUUUGUGAUAUAUCUGGACGAAUGGCAUCCAACACGCCCGACCGACCCCAAGGAUCGUGCUGGCAUCGACCAUAUCAUCCUUGCUUUCGCUAUGGCAAAUAGCACUGCUACCUUCCAGCCCAAGGUCCCCAUCUCCACGAUCCGCUCUGAGUUCCCCAACGCCAAAGUGAUGAUCGCGGUGGGUGGUUGGGGUGAUGAUCUCGGCUUCAACGAACUCUCCAAGACAGACGCUGGUAUUCAAAGCUUUGCCGCUGAUGUCGCCACCAUGCUUGCAAACACUGGUGCUGAUGGUGUUGAUAUCGACUGGGAGUACCCAGGUGGCAACGGAGCAGACUACAAGCAAGUCGCCAACUCGGCCAAAGUCUACCAGAUCGAUGCGUUUCCAAAACUUCUAGAAGCGACCCGUGCCGCCAUCGGACCUGAGAAGCUUCUCUCAAUUGCUGCACCAGGCAGACAAGAAGACAUGAUAGCCUACACCCCAACCACCAGUCCCAAAAUCUGGCCCCACGUCGACUUCAUAAACGUAAUGACCUACGACCUAACCAACCGCCGCUCCCCCACAACCCAACACCACACCUCCCUAACCUCCAGCACCUCAACAAUAAAAUCCUACCUAACCCUCGGCUUCCCCCCCACAAAACUAAACCUAGGCUUCGCCUUCUACGCGAAAUACUUCACCGUCGCCAACCCACCCUCCUGCACCACAGCCCUGAACUGCCCUCUCGCCCCCGCCGAAGACCCCCAAACGGGCGCCGACCUCCUCACCUCCGGCGCCUGGACCUUCGAAAAAGCACACAUGUCGCGCCCCGUCGCUACGCACCUCCUCCCCGAGUCGACCGACGGGACGUGCGGGCCCGACGCCGGUACGCGGUGUGGAGCGGGGUGCUGUUCGCAGUACGGUAGCUGCGGGACGAGCGUGCAGCACUGCAAGGGCGCGUGUUGGCAUGCGUAUGGCAGCGGGUGUGUGGAUGUGGAUGUUUCCGCGAGUUGGGGGGAUGCGGUGGUGCGUGGGGUUACGGAUGAGGGUGCUGGGGCGCAGUAUUACUUCGACAGGGAGAGGGGGCUGUUUUGGACGUGGGAUACUGUGGAGUUGGUGGGGAGGAAGUUUGAGGAGGUUGUUGGGCGGUUUGGACUUGGGGGGGUUAUGGCGUGGAGUUUGGGGGAGGAUAGUGCGGAUUGGGGGAGGGUUGGACGGAUGGCGUGGGAGUUGGAGAGGUGUCGUGGGGUGGGGGCUGGGGUUGUUGAUGGGGAUGGGGGGAAUUAUGGAUCGACGUCGCUGCCCCAGACGUCGUCGACGAUGCGACGUGUCCGCCGCCAACUCCCUGCCGUAUAGUCCAAUCCACCACCAACCCUGCAAUGGAGUCUCGACACAUCGAUUGCUUUCCUCGGCUCGGAUCCAUAGCAACUCAGACAUCCCGACAAACAGCAGAUAUACACAUACGCAGCUCCAAACUAUAGACGACAGAACACAGCAUCACAAUAACACAAUAUACUCCCCUCGCC